CAUAUCUCUAUAGUUCAGCGUCUCUAAAGGAAAAAGUAGAGCCAAGUCCUUGAUGACGCAAACCCUAUUCCCUUGGCGACUAGAAAAACCACGGAAGUGCAUUACUCCGGCCGACAGUUGACCAAUCGGCAACUGCCUUCCCGCCCCAGCGCUUUCCCAAAAGGCCCUUCGCCUUCUCCCCAAGAUGGCGGAUCUGAACCGGCAAUUGCAGGAGUACUUAGCUCAGUCCAAGGCGGGCGGCAGCUCAGCGGCCUUGUCGGCGCCCCAAAACCCGCCGCGAGAUGAGGCGGAGAAGCCCGGCUCGGGGUUGGGGACUUGGCUGGGCCGGAUCAACCCUUUCCCCGCGACGGAAACGUGGCCGUGGGCAGCCGAGCCGGAGCCGGAUCCGUGGCUGCCGACGGGUCUGUCCCGCUGGCAGCGGCUGGUGGGGAGCGCGCUGUGCCUGCUGCUGGCCGCGCUCUGCUUCGGCCUCGCCGCUCUCUACGGGUCGCUCCUGUUGCUCCGCAAGUUCGCGCUGCUCUGGUCGCUGGGCUCCACCUUCGCGCUGGGCGCCGCGGGCUUCUUACGGGGCCCGAGCCGCCUCCUGGGCGAGCCCGACCGCCGCGGCCUGGCCCUCCUUUACUUAGCCUCGGUGGGCGGCACUCUGUACGCGGCGCUUGGGCUCCGCAGCACUCUGCUCACCACGCUGGGGGCCGUCGUCCAGCUGGGAGCCGGCGGAGUCUACUUGCUGUCUUCGGUACCUGGCGGGACUACCGGGCUGCGCUAUGUCGGCGGGUUCUUGGGCGGCGCCGUGCGGCGCAGCGUGUCCAAAACUCUGCCCGUGUGAGGACGGUCGUCGAGGCGAAGCCCUUCCUGGACGUGGGAAAACAAGAUCGAUGUCUGUGGUAAAGAGCCCCUUGCCCGUCUCCAAACCAACGCGCAGCACGGGACGUCGUCUCCAGGCCAGACCCGACUGCCCAUGGGGCAUUUUGUAGGAUAACGUUUCUUUACUGUUUAUCUUUUCGAGUCGAGGGCAGAGGAGCACUUGAGUAACUUUACCAGGACGCUGCAUCCUUCGCACAAGGCAGUUGAAAAGGAUAGUUGAAGUUAAUUGCAACAAAGGUGUAUGAACUUGGCUGAACAAGCUACUCAAGCAAUUGAACCAAUUAAGGGCUUUAACAGUGGGUAAAGGUCUUUUUGUGUCUCCCCUUCUCUCUGAAACCACUCAGAUGCCCUCUCAGCGGCAGGUGAUGAGGUUUUGUUUUUUUUUUGUUUAACAGGCAGACCCAGCCAAGUGUACAAGUAUGUGUUGGCAGAUUCCCUGAGGGUGCACAUUGAUGCCAGACCUAUCUCUUUGUCUUAGAACCCAACUGCAUAAAACAUGCUUUUAUGAAAGUGUUUUCAAUGAUGUCACUUCUAUUUUGAAGGAGAAGCAACCAAUCUGUUCUCAUCUCUGCGUUGCGCUGCUUAAAGAGAGAGUACAAGCAGAUAGUUCAUUUCUUCUGGAAUGGUCUGUCACAAGUAGUGGCAAGCAUCACUUGCCUGUCUCUUGCUGCUGAGAGUGGCUGAAAGACUAUAUAAUAGUAGCAAGAAUGACACUCCCACUUGCUAUUAUGUUGGGCUCAGUCCCCAUCUCUGCACCACCCAGAGGAAGAGCACAAGUGAGUGAGGAUGAGAUGGCUACUCUGGUGUGUAUGUGUUCAAGAAGGUUUACUGACUGGAUGGUUCCUCAUCCUUUCCAGCCUCUGAUGCAUGGUAGGGGGAAAGAGAAGUUGCUAUUUACUACUGGCCUGAUCAGCUUUUUUUCCUUCAGAAAAAGCUGCUCUAAAAGUGUGCUUUCGGUAACAAGUAGUUGAACCUUAUACUCUGGUCCAAAUCAUCAGUUUGUCUCUUCAGCUUUUCAGAGCCAGAGCAGGAAAUAAAUUUGGAAGCUGUUGUGAUUUGCUUCCAUUCAGUUCCCUAGUAUCAUAACAUUCCCAAUUGCCAUGUAACCUCUUGCCUUACUAAAAGUCAGCAGUAUCAGUAUAUACAGUACUUCGUUUAUCCAUAACAUCAAGUUCUUUCUUGGGCUGACUUCCAGCAUACUUCCUAUUCAAGCAAUGACUUCUAUGUCUGAUCAUAUUCAAAACGGCAUGACCAUGAGACUGCUGAAGUCAGUGAUUUUAAAGGCAAGUAUAAUAUAGACAUGGGGCCUAAUUCUGCCAUAAUGCGUUAUGCUCUCAUUGUGACUGGGAAAUCACAAUAUAUGUGAAAAAGCUGUGCCUGAAUAUAUUAUCCUCAACUUCUUUGGAUCAUGGGGCUAUCUGUCAUAUACGAUUCUGUCAUAACUUAUUCCAUGUUUGCAUUGAAGAUUUUUGUAAGCCUAUGGGUUAAAUCUGAACUGCACAGGCUCCUUCUUGCUACAGCUUAGAAGUAUUGAUAUGUGGUGUGAUGGAUGGGUAUCACAUAGACAUAUUUAAUAUAUCAAUAUGACUACCAAAAUCACCUGAGUAAAGUUCAUUUUGCUCCACAAAUGUAAUCUGUAAACCACUUAAACCAACAGCAGCUGCAAGCACUACACUUUGGCAGUGUAAGUUGCAUAUAAUGUAAUUUUAAAACUAACCAUUGAAGCUGCCUCUUAAUUGUGGCUCUUAGUGUUAUUUGAAGUAAGCCUUGCAAAAUGGCUUAGAGUUUGCAGCCAAAUGUUAAAGUAUUAGUUUUUCAAAGUUUGUAGCUCUCAAUAAAACAUUUUUGACAACAAUAAAAAAUGAUAUGCAAAUAACUUCCAGUUCAAAAGUAUGUUACUGAGAAAGGCUUCUUGCUGUAGUGGGAAUGUUAGAGCACUAUCGUCAAACACAAAUGCUGCAUCGGUGUGGGACAUGAAGUGUAAAACUUGAAAGUAAUUUAGUAGCUAGUAUGUCUGAAUAGAUACCUUGACUACUUGAUGUACAGCCCAAUCCUGUGCAUGUUUACUAGAAGGAAGUCCUAGUGAGACUUUUUUAAAAAAAUAAAUGCAUAGGAUUAUGGCUUUAGAUUGUGAUCUGCUAUUAAGAUGGCAUAUUUGUUUACAUUUUCAAACUUGUUAUUUGUGGGUCCUGCAUUGUAAUGAAAUCAGGCUAUGGCAGAUGUUGCAGAUCUGAAUCAAAAUGGUGCUAAGUGUUGUUAAAUUGUGUGAUAAAAAUAUUCUGAAAUCUUUUAAUUGGGACUUUAAAAAAUAGUGUUAAUUAGCAUGACACAUUGUAGAGCACAUUUAACAGUGCAAUCCUGUUUACUCAGAAGGAAGCCCUGCUGAGUUAAAAGGGACUUACAACGAGGUACAUAGCCUAACAGGUAGGCUAACCCUGCCCUGAUAUCAGUAGAGCAAAGGGUGCUUUAUCUCAUACUCGGCUGCUUUUGCUUGCCAGGGUGGAAGGGGGAUUUCUUUCUUACAUUUUUGCUGUGCCAGCUCCAGGCAGGCAUAGCUGAGAAGCCUAAGGAUCAAGCGCCUCAGAGGAAGCACAGGAUCCAGAGCCCUGGCAUCCUGACCCAUUUCACGUCUUAUUGCUGGCUUUCCACCCAUCAAAGGUGGAGCCUGCACUAUAGCAGAGCCCCCACCCUGUAAACCAGUAGCACAUCUCUUUGCUGCCAGGGAGCAUAGUAUUCUAUCCUCCCACAAGCCACCAACAUUGGGAGGGUGCAUUAGGACUGGGCUGUAAGUGAUUGGUUUUUGUAUUAGUGUACAUUUUUGUAUUCAUGUAGAUAUAUAGUUCAUUCCCUUGUCAUUUGAAAAAAAUGGUUAGAUUCAGUUUUUGCAAACUUAUUUUGAAGUGUUUUGGGUCUCAAUAGAAGUGUUUACAGAACUAGCUGAUAGCACUUUUAGAAGUGAAACUGAUUUGAAUGACUCAUUAAAAAAACCUCAGAUCUAAAUAGGGGCUGAAAACAAUAUUUUACUGGUGGUUGGUUUGUUUUUUUUUAGAUUGUUGGUUAUAACUGUCCUUAAGAUUGCUAUGUAUAUUUCCCAUUUAACUGUGGUUGAGGUGGAAGGAGCAGGCAUUCCCAGAGCUAGUGGAACCAGUAUUGUCUCUGCACUGACCACAUCUAAAAGCUUUUCAGAUAUUUUAAUAUUGUCAGAUCAUCUCUUGAGAAAUGUACCAGCCUAACACAGAGACUGCAAAGCUUCUCUGUAGAAAUAUGUCUACAAAGACUUAACAAAACUUAAAAGCACAAAAUAAACUUCACCAGAAUGCUGUUUUCUAGUUCUUUUCUUCUGCAGUUGGGUAGGCUUCACUAUUGGAAUAAACUGUCUACCAAAGAGAAAUGGAGAAACAUGUACAGUAUGUGCUUUACGUUCACUUGCUUUGCAGAUAUGUGCAGUGUGUCAUUUUUGUUAAUAAAAUUGAAUAAUUAAAGCCUA